AUGUCGGACGUUCAACCGCGGUUUUACUCAAGUUGCCUGUUGGCGAUCAAAUCUCAACAUUCGGGUAUGCAACUUCAACCAACAGUUAUCAAAAAUAAUCUUGUUACUCAUGUACCAGAAAAUUCUCCUGAAUUGAAAUCGACGACAACAGCCACCACUAGCACACCAAAGGCACAACGUUCAAUAUCAUUUAGCUCUCCAUUGUUAAAACGCAAACAACAUCAACAACCACAACAAAAUAAUAAUGACGAAACAAAUCAUCAUAAAUCGACUUCCGGUCAUUUACAAAAACUCUUUUUCUAUUUGAAUAACAGUAAUAAACAACAAUCACCACCAUUAGAGAACGGAAACAAAAACGAAUCAUUCACAAAUCGUUUAUUCAAUCGUUCAUCAUUAACACAAAGUCAACGAUCAAAAAUGAAAACAAAUGGACUCGUUUCUGUCAAACAUGCACAACCACAACAACAAAUGAUAACAAAAGCGGAGAAAAAAACGAUUAAUUAUCAUAAUUCUACAAAUAACAUGAAAACAAUUGUAAUUAAUAAUCAUCAGAUACCACCACCAUGUCCUGAAUAUGCGCACGAACAAUUAUUACAAUUUUUAGCAAACAACAGUAAUAAUCGUUCAUUAACAGUAUCGCCAUCUCAAUCAUCAUCUGCUUCCUCUUCACAAACAUCGUUACAACGGAUGAUGGCAAAGAAAAAGAAUGAACAAUUACGACAACAAAUAAAACCAAAUAAUUCUCCAUCCGCUGCAAGUAUAUCACCAUCAAUGUCGAACUCAGAUUUAUCUUAUUCAGGAAUUAUUAGUUCGGUAAUAGACGGUAGUUUUCAAGGUUAUGUCACAUGCAUGAAUAGACAUGAAUGUAUAAAUGAAAAGUUUCAACCACAUUUGCAUCUUCAACAACAAGAACAAACUCAGGAUUUGUUGUCUACUCGAUAUACUGUGUCUCAGCCCAUAUCUUAUGUAAACAUAGACACUGAACGACAACAAUCACCGUUAAGCGUGGAUAAUUUUGAUAUGUGUUUACAUCGUCCGAAACCAAAUAUAAUUGACGAUGACGAUGAAGAUGAUGAACAUGUUGUAAGAUUUGCUAAAAAUGUGAUUAAUCGUAACUGGGUGUAUGAUGAAAUUGUUAAACAAUUGAAAACAACUUCGAAAUACGGUGUAUGUUUAAUAAGUCAAUCAUCAGGAAUGGGUAAAACAUGCCUUAUAGAAAAUAUUAUCAAAAACAGUGUUUUUGGACAGCCGAAGCAAGAAGACGAAGAUAAGCAAAUUUUAAAUGGCAAUGGCGAGAAAACAUUUCAAAAAUCAUCGAUGAACUUAUCAUUCUCAUUUCAAUGGUUACAAUCUCAUUUAUUAUCGUAUCAUUUCUGUGAUUGUUCAACAUCUCUUUCUUGUACAUUACCAGAUAUAAUUCAUUCUAUCAUCUAUCGAUCUUUAGAACAUCCUUGUUUACAUUCUUAUCGUGAUAUUAUUUUGAAUGAACAAUUGAUUCGUAAAUCGAUAACAUUAAAUUCAUGUAUUGAAGGUGGUGUGAGUUUUGCAUUUUUUAAUUCAUUUAUUGAACAAUUAAAUGGCUUAAAAAUGUGUGGACAUCUGAAUGAACUAUUUUCGUCAUCAUUAAAUUUUCCAUUAAUCUUUAUUAUUAUUGAAGGUAUUGAUAAUGAAUUGUGUGAUAAUGAAGGACAAACAAUAACAGAAUUUUUAUAUGAUAAUUUACAUCGUUUACCCCCAUGGCUCAAAUUUAUUAUAACAUUAAAUCGAAAUCAGAUAAAUAAUGCCGAACAAGAUAAAUUUUUAAAACAUUUUGAAUUGAUUGAUUUGGACGAUGGUUCGUAUCAAAAUUUUGUUAGAAAUGAUAUACAUGACUAUAUAACAGCACGAUUCGAUUUCAUCAACAAACAAUUACAACAAAAUUCUCGAAAUUGUUGUUAUUCUCCAACAUUUUACGAAGGUUAUGGUUUAAAUUCGUUGAAUGAUAUCGAACAUUUUCAUUAUUUAAUUGAAAAAUUAUAUUAUCUUUCACAAGGAAAUUUUCUUUAUUUGUCGUAUUUAUGUGAUUUAAUUGAACAUCAACAAGUUCCGUCACUUAGAUUAAGUCUACACGAUACUCAACAGGUUAUCCCAAAGACGAUUGAUGAAAUUUUGACAUAUAUAACAAGGAGAUUGUUAUUGAUUGAUGACGUUGAUGAAUGUUUUCAACCUCGAAUAAAAUCAAUAUUAGAAAUAUGUUUAGCAUCAAGACAACCGUUAAGCUUAAAUGAACUACAUACGUGUGUGAACUCAGAUCAAAUUAGAUCUUCAAUCGAUUAUAAGCAAUUUUUAGAGUGCAUCAAUUGUUUAUCUGCAUUUAUAACUCGUUUACCCGGUUCGAAUUAUGCAAUUGUACAUCGUUGUAUUCGAAAUUGGUUGGUGAACGGUGAUUUAACUUGUGAUAUCAAAAAAGGUCAUUCACGAUUGGCAUUAACAAAAUCUCGUACAAAAGAAAAUUUAUGGCCAACGGAAGCCUUCGAUUGUAUUCGUCAUUUAUCUCAGUCAGAUUUAUUCUUAACAACACCAAACAGUAUUGAUUCAAUAUGUCUCUGGAUAUCUCAUAUUAUUAGUGAUCCGACACGUUUACUUGGCUCAUUACGAAAUGCUUAUUAUCCAGAAUUAGAUGUUUCCGAAUUACUUCUAUUAACAACGGCUGAUCCAAAUGCUUUAGUCGAAUAUUCACAAAUACCUCUUCUAUGUAUUGCAUCAACUCAAGGUUAUACAGCAUUUGUAGAAUUAUUAGUAAAAUAUUCAGCUGAGGUCAAUAUCAGAUCAAAACAAGAUCUUAAAACACCGUUGAUAUUAGCGUGUGAAAAUGGACAUAAACAAAUUGUGCACUUACUGCUACAAAAUGGAGCUGAUGUUGGUUAUACGGAUAAAUCACAUUAUACGGCUGUUGCCUAUGCUGCUAAACAGAAUCAUACAGAUCUUCUUCAGCUAUUGUAUGAUGUUAUAUGGCCAUCUAAAAUUGGUAUGGAAAAUCAAGAUAUGAUGAAUAAUUGUUUAGAUAAAUCUGAAUCAUUUCAACAAGCAUUUAUUUAUGCGGCAACAAAUGGAUGUUUGAAUACUAUUGAAUUAUUAUUAAAUCAUAUGAAUGAUAUUAUUCAGAUUGAUGAAUAUGAUUGUAUUUAUGGAGAAACAGCCUUGACAACUGCUUCUUAUUGUGGUCAUUUGGAUGUCGUGGAAUAUCUAUUGAAAAGAAAUGCAAAUAUUGAUCAAACGAAUCAUCGUCAAAUGACACCAUUAUUAGCGGCUGUUAAAGCAGGAAUGUGGCAUAUUGUAGAAUAUUUAAUUGAUCAAAAUGCGUCAAUUGAAUUGACAGAUAAACAACAACGAACACCACUUAUUAUUGCGGCUAGUGAAGGACAUUUAGCUGUUAUAGAUAGUUUGAUUGAAAAAGGUGCAAAUGUUAAUCACGAAGAUGAGGAAUGUUUAACAGCAUUAUCGUGGGCGUGUUUAAAAGGUCAUUAUCAUGCAUGUCAAACAUUAUUAGCUCAUAACAGUGACGUUAAUCAUAAGGAUAUUAAUGGACGUUUACCAAUCGAUAUGGCAGCAUUUUACGGUGAUCCACAGUUGGUUCAAUUAUUAAUCGAUAGUGGCUCGAUUGUAGAUCAUGUUGAUAACAAUGGGAUGAGAGCGUUAGAUCGAGCAAUUGGAUGUAGAAAUGUAGCUGUUGUCAAUUGUUUAUUGAAACGAAGUGUUAAAUUAGGACCAUCAACAUGGGCAUUAGCAUCCGGGAAAAAUGAUAUGAUGAUCAUCUUAUUAAACAAAUUAAUCGAAGAUGGUGUUACUUUAUAUAAAAAAAGUCAGUUCAAAGAUGCUGCUUAUCGAUUUUCCUACGCAAUGAAAAAGAUUCCACAAUCAAAUUUGAUCACUGAACAUCGUGAUAUAGGCAUAUCGAAUAAUACACAUAUUAGAAAUCAUUUUCAAAUGAUGAAAUAUACGUGUCUAAUUAAUUUGGCGAAAUGUAAAAGAAAAAUGAAUGCUUCUGAUGUAGCGAUUGAUUAUUGUACACAAGCAUUAUCACUACAGACAACAUCUGAUGGAUUAUUACUUCGUGCGAGAAUAAAACGUGAUCAAAGAUUGUACGAAGAUGCAUUACACGAUGUAGUUGAAGCAAUAAAAUUAGAGCCAAACAAUAAUGAAUUAAAUCGUUAUAUGCAACGUUUAAAAGAGGAAAUGAUGGCGGGUAAACGACAAGAAACACUGUUAUGA